UCUUUCUCCCUCUCCCUUCUUAUUAGGGGUGGUGGCCGCUGUUUUGCUUCGUUAGCUUACCGUUCGACAGCAUGGGAAUGUAAGCGAGGGAACCACCCGCCUCAAAGAGUUGUGUAAAUCUUCUCCAUAAGUUGCCAUAAGUUCCACGACAGCCUCUUUCCGUAUCUUCGGAGCACUUGCGCGACUUCCACGGACCGCCUGGUGCGAAGCUUGCGGGCCAUUUGUGCGGCGAAGCCAUAGCGGACAAAGGGAAGACUUGCGAGCUAACGUCGGCUAGCUCCUGGAGCUAACCUAUUAGCAUUCCUCCAUCGAGCGCGGCGCAAUGCAGGCCAUCAAGUGUGUCGUUGUCGGGGACGGGGCCGUGGGUAAGACUUGCCUGCUCAUCAGCUACACCACCAAUGCCUUCCCCGGAGAGUACAUCCCCACUGUCUUUGACAACUACUCUGCCAACGUGAUGGUGGACGGCAAGCCGGUGAACCUAGGCCUUUGGGAUACGGCGGGACAGGAGGACUAUGACAGGCUGCGCCCGCUCUCCUACCCCCAAACAGAUGUGUUCCUCAUCUGCUUUUCGCUCGUUAGUCCGGCCUCCUUUGAAAACGUUCGCGCCAAGUGGUACCCUGAGGUGAGACAUCACUGUCCCAACACCCCCAUCAUCUUGGUGGGCACCAAGUUGGAUUUGAGAGAUGACAAAGACACCAUCGAGAAGCUGAAGGAGAAGAAACUGACUCCAAUCACCUAUCCCCAAGGCCUUGCCAUGGCCAAAGAGAUUGGUUCCGUCAAGUACCUGGAGUGCUCGGCCCUGACCCAGCGUGGCCUUAAAACUGUGUUUGAUGAGGCCAUCCGCGCCGUCCUGUGCCCGCCGCCCGUCAAGAAGAAGGGCAAGAAGUGCAGCCUUCUCUAAGGUCGAUCCUGGCGGUGGCGGGAGGCGCGACAGUGAAAAUGACGCUAGCGGAAACAACGCCAGUGUACACAGCCACCAGAUAACGCCGUACAUAUUGCUUCCUGUAAACGUAGCCGCGGCGGUUCGAGCGACUACUUUCUCCCGUUCAGAUAUUGAGUCGACAUUGCGAGGAUCGUUACGUUGUGUACCGCUGAGAUGAGAAUGGAAAUGUCAAACUUUGAGGCCUUGCGUUUGAUCCAUUUGCUGCUCUCAUUUUGUUUACAGUCCGGGUUCUUGUCAGCGGGACUCGGGUUGCAAAAUGCAGCCUCACGCUUCCGGAAAUGUAUCUGCGCUGCUGUUUGCUCCCUCACCAGCAAUUACUUUUUUACACCGACAGUGCUAUUAACCCGCAAACGCUCCUAAAACCAUCCAGGCAAAGCACCCCCCCCCCCCUCAGCUAUGUUGCAAACUGUCACAAUGUAGAUUUUUUUGAACUUUCGGUGGCGGGGAAUCAAGAGCACUAUUGAUGCUCCUUGGGCAUUUAUCAGCAACCUUUUUAAUUUUUUCAAUCGCAUCACUACUGGCAAAGUGAAGUCACUUAGACAAUGAGCAUCUGUGUCUGUUAGCAAACAAAACUACUGUCAAUUUUGGCAUAGUAGAGUGUACUACUCUUUGUUGCUAUAUGUGAUUUUUUUUUUUGUUUAUCUUACACUCCACUCACUGUAUUUUUGGACUAACUAAAUAUGCUUUUUCGUUCGCCGCCUCUAACAGCUAACCUGACGUUAACCUCUACCACGCCUGUCUUUGUGUCUCAACGCCGAUGGCAUGCAAGUGCGAUGUAUACUGAAAAAUGUUAACAUUAGUAUCACUAUAUUUUUUUGCCUCUUUCCAAGUACAAGGGGUUAAAGGAACCAUCGCUCAUCUAUUUUCUUUGUGUUCCGAUAUCAAGCUGUGCUUUAAGUCAAGCCAACGUCUUUGUAACUGCUUUCGUUUUUAUAGAUACAAAGCGGUUGUCACUUGUGUCUUUGAAAAAGCCAAUAAAGUCCAAUAGAAUUGAA